GAAUAAGAGCAGAGAGAGACCGGGAGCUGAACACUCCUCCUGCACGAGUUCACACUCGCCGGACUCCACUUCACUGACCUCUGGUGUCGUUCAGGUAAUAAUGCAGUUCCUGGGCCGGCUGCUGGACACAGUCUCCUCCGUGUCGACCCUCUUCACCAACCCUUACCGGGUCCGAGAUGUGCCGCUGUCCGACUAUGGAGGGGGAGGCAAGACCCUGCUGCAGGAAGACGGACGCAUGAUCCUGUACAAAAACAGCCAGUCGUGGGACUGUCUGCUCAUGUGCCCCGAGACGCCGGCGAUGACUCUGAGGCUGUUUCAAGUGGCGUCAGAGAAUGAUGCUAUGAACUGGUUCCCGCAGUAUGCCCUCAAACUUCGACCCUUCUAUGAGACAAUGCCUCUGAAGGCCGAGACCGUGCAGCCGAUCGUGGACUGCAUCCGCAGCCACCCAGACUGGAGCUCUGCCCACAUAGCUGUAGACACAGGCUUGAGGGAGUGUCUCAAACAUAACUAUGUACAGAGUCAGAUCAAUGCUCGGGAUGCUUCAGGCCAGACGCCGCUGCACGUGGCGUGCGAGCGAGGCGACGUGGCGUGCGUGAAGGAGCUGCUGGAGGAAAGCCAGGCUCGCACUGACAUCAAAGACCGCAACGGCGAAACACCGAUGCACUACGCCUCCAAGCAGGACUCUCCCAUCAUCAUCCAGGCCCUGUGCUCCCGGUUGUGCUCGGGGGUGAAUGAGCUGAACAGCAACGGGGAGACGCCGCUCCACGUGGCGUGUCGCUUGGGCCGCGUGGAGUCCGUCAAAGCCCUGCUCGGGGGUGGGGCCAAGUGUGGCGUCGUCGGUGGUGCAGGCUACCCCAUCCACAGCGCCAUGAAAUACAGCGAGAAGGGCUGCGUUGAGGAGAUCCUCAAAGCAGAUCCAGGCCAGCUCCAGGCUGAGGACUCCUUGUACGGGGGGACGCCUCUCCACUGGGCCAAAACCGCUGAGAUGUGUCGUCUGCUGCUGGAGCACGACUGUGCGGUGAACUACCUCAGUAAGACCGGAGAGAGCGCCCUCCACAUUCUGACCAAGAAGGGCCGCUUCGAGGCGGCCAUGGUGCUGCUCACCCACGGGGCUAACGCUAACAUGAAGGGCCAGGAUGGCAACACAGCCCUGCACCUAGCUAUGAAGAUGGACCACAUGGAACUAAUCAAAGCUCUGAUCGUGUUCGGGGCUGAUGUGGAGAUCCACAACGACCUCGGAGAAACACCCGGACUCAUUGCUGCACGCACCAGCAAAGGUCCCAAUAGAAAGAUACUGCUGGACAUGCUGUGUAGUGUAGGAGUCCAGCGUUGCCUCCCUCCCUCCCCUGGCAGCCCUCCUCCCAUCUCCAACACGGCCAGGCCUCAAGGCAUAGGCUUUGAAGACAUCAUGUACGUUGGGGCUGCGAUGGGAGCAAUGAGCAAAGGCAUAUGUGAAUUAGAUGGCCACAAAAUGGACAAAAGGAAGAUGGACAAACUGCUUUGCCUAGACGGUGGAGGCAUUAAAGGCCUGGUGCUGAUCCAGAUGUUGAUCGCUCUGGAGAGGGAAGCAGGAAAACCCACCAGAGAGCUCUUCGACUGGGUCGCCGGCACGAGCACGGGGGGCAUCCUGGCCCUCGCUAUAAUCCACGGUAAGUCCAUGGAGUACCUGCGCUGCCUGUACUUCAGGAUGAAGGAGCAGGUGUUCAAGGGGUCCAGACCCUAUGAGUCGGCACCGCUGGAGGACUUUCUGAAGAAAGAAUUUGGAGAAAACACCAAGAUGGCAGACGUCCAGUACCCCAGGGUGAUGGUGACCAGUGUUUUGGCGGACAGGCAUCCAGGCGAGCUUCACAUCUUCAGGAACUACAACCCUCCAUCCAUCCACAGAGAGCCCCCCUACGCCACCACCGCCACCUUCCAGCCUCUCACCGUCCCACAAGGAUGGGAGGAUGAGGAUGUGUUGAUAGUAGGAUACACAGAGGAGCCGCCAAGAAAGCGUAGGAAGGUGACAGAUGAAGAACAACUGGUGUGGAGAGCUGCACGCUCCAGCGGUGCGGCUCCUACCUACUUCCGACCAAUGGGGCGCUUCCUGGACGGCGGGCUGCUGGCCAACAACCCGACUCUAGAUGCCAUGUCAGAAAUCCAUCAGUACAACAAGGCCUUAAAAGCAGAGGGCCAUGAGAAGGACAUCAAGAAGUUGGGAAUAGUGGUCUCCCUUGGUACAGGUAAACCUCCUCAGGUGGUGGUGAGCUCCGUGGAUGUUUUCCGACCCUCCAACCCUCUGGAACUGGCCAAGAGCUUUGUAGGAGCAAAGGAGCUGGGCAAAAUGCUGGUGGACUGUUGUACAGACUCUGACGGUUGUGCAGUGGACCGGGCCAGAGCCUGGUGUGAAAUGAUCGACACCAUCUACCACAGACUCAGUCCCCAGCUGUCUCAGGAGGUCCUGCUGGAUGAGGUGAGCGACGCGGUCCUGGUGGACAUGCUGUGGGAAACCCAGAUGUACCUGUAUGAGAAGAGGGAGAUCCUCCAAUCUCUGGCAAAACUACUACUGGAGAACUGACAGCAAGAGAAAACCACGAGUAGAGGGAGAGUGUUUGAGCUCGGCUCUAAGAGCAGUACUGCCAUUUGUCUUGAUUCAGGACUCUAAUGUUUGUUUCAUCUUUACAAAAAAUAAAUAAAAUAAGACUAAUAUGUGAGUUCACAGCAACACAUGUGCAAAACAUGGCAGGAACUGAAAACUAAUACAGGAAACAACAGAGUCUGUAGCCUAUUGAAAGGCCACAUAUGUAGCAUCUCUGAACCCGUCAUUACUGUGGUUUACUAGGUUUACUCCUUGUAUGUGAGUUGAAGGAGAGGCUGGUUUUCAUUUCUUCAGCUGGUACAUACAGGGGAAAUGUUAAGAGGAAGUGGUAUUAACUGAAUCUGAAGAUGAAUAGCCCACGCACUGACACCUCACAACGGUGUCUGAGAUAAAAGUCUCCUCCUUGUUCCUUUUUCACUGGUUCCCAAAUUGCAAAGAAAUUGACAAUAUAUAGUGUUUUUACUAAUGCCACAUGAUCGAAUCUGUGAUACAAGCAGAAAAUCUGCAUUUUGCUGCAGUGUAGUUUGGAUGAUGGUGGUGGUGAUGAACCACUUCUGCCUUAUGUCUGGGACCCGUAUUUGUACCUUUCUUCUUUCCACAACACACUUUCACACAUCUGUUAUCUAUUUAUACUCUCGUUCAACCUCACACAUGUUAAUAAACUGCCUGAACAAUACACAGUUAAACCUCCCAGUCACUGUGAAAGUGUCUUGAACACAUAUUAUUUAACUUAUAUUAUUGAAACUGGCAUGAAAACGAGACUUGAACGAUCAUUUAUGUGAAGGACAAAGGAGAAUUAGGAAUUAAUUGCUGCUACUUUCACAACAUAAACAGGAGGCAGCAAAGUAUUUUCUAUCGUUUCUUUUUGUUUUGUUUUGUAUUAAUUGCUGAAGUGUAUACUAGUAUGGUAAUAAAAUAUAUUAAUAUUAA